CUUCCCACUACCACCACCACUGUCGACACGACCGACUCCCCGCUCGUCCCUGGCACAGCGAAUCCAGUCGAGCUUAUUAGAUUUGUAGAUUGAAAAGUAUAUCCUCUUAAUAUUCCAAGAUGUCUUCUCCUACCGGAAAAUGGGAUGCAAGGUACCUUGGUCCUGUUCCUCAUGACGCCUCGUACUAUUCGAAGGCGCUUUUGGGUGGUGCUCUUGCUUGCGGUUUGACGCACGCUGCUAUCACUCCCCUUGAUGUCGCCAAAUGUAAUAUGCAGGUCAACCCCGUUAAAUACAAGGGAUUAGUUCCUACGAUCAAGUUGCUCGCUGCAGAGGAAGGUUCCCGUGGCAUUUGGAAGGGUUUCGGACCGACAUUGGUCGGAUACUCUUUGCAAGGAAUGUUCAAAUAUGGUCUUUACGAGGUCUUUAAAGAUGUCUACCAGAACAUGGCUGGCAAAGACACUUCCGAGAAUUACAAGGGUGUUAUCUGGCUCGCUGCUUCUGCUUCUGCUGAAGUCUUCGCCGAUCUUGCACUCUGCCCCCUGGAAAUGACCAAGGUCAAGAUCCAGACGAGUGCUACUGGUAGCUUCCCCACUGCCUUCGGUCCGGCCUUGGCAGAGAUGAGAAAACUCAAGGCUGAGACCCGUUAUCCCUACGGUUCGCUUGUCCCCCUUUGGUCGCGUCAGAUCCCCUACACUAUGGCCAAGUUCUUCUUCUUCGAAAAGACCGUUUCCUUGUUUUACAACCAUGUCUUCACGAAACCCAAGGAAACCUACUCCAAAUCCACCCAGCUCGGUGUCACUUUUGCCUCCGGUUACAUCGCUGGUAUCGUCUGCGCCAUCGUUUCUCAUCCCGCUGAUUCCCUCGUUUCUCUCCUCGGAAAGGCCGAAAAUAAGGGCAAGUCCGUCGGACAAAUUGCUGGCGAGGUCGGAUUUGGAACUUUAGCUACGAAGGGUCUCGGUACUCGUGUGUUGAUGAUUGGUACUUUGACUGGCUUCCAAUGGUGGAUCUACGACACCUUCAAGGCUACCAUGGGAAUGGGCACAACUGGUGGGAAGUGAUUGGUUCGCCAUCCACGGCUGACAUGUUGAUGUUGGACAUUACAACGGUUGACUCUACAGGACAAGAGUUUCCUUGUUUAUAUUCUGUCUACGCUAUUCUUUCAUCACUACUUUCUUGUAUGGCUAUACUUAGACUGGAAUGAGAAACUUGAUGAUAAUCUCAA